CUUUUGUCAUUUGGACGUUCCGAUUGUAUUUUCUUUACCUCGAAAGACAUUGUCACGUGACAUUUCGGACAGCAUUUAGACAACAUGGCGGACGAAAAAGAAAUGGAUCUGCUGAACAGAUUAGAAAAACUGAAAGACUUAAGGGGCCGCACUCUUCAAUUUGAGAAAGUGAAAAACCGUUUGCGCCAGGAAGUGGAGAUAACGGAGAGUGAGGAGAACUUCCUCUGUGAAUAUCGUCAGGAGAUGGAGCUGCUGCUGCAGGAGAAGAUGGCUCAUGUGGAGGAGCUUCGUCUCAUACAUGCCGACAUCAACCUGAUGGAGACAACAAUCAAGCAGGCGGAGGAGGAGAGGAACCGGGCUCUGGAGUCUGCCAAGAAGAUGUACGAGGAAUACCGGCCGCUCAAAGAAGAUGUUGACUCCCUCAGAUCCAACAUCGGUCUGUCAAAACUCCCUGACAUCCAGGACGAUGAUGAUAAGUUGAAGCCAGAGUUUUUUGAGAAGUCCAACCUGGACUGGCAGAGUGAGCCCCCAGAGCCCCCGCUGCCGCAGUCAUUGGCCGUUGCUGCCGCUGCUGCACAACAGAUUCAGGUUCCCAGAGCCAAGACAACCGACAGACAGGCAUUCAGACAGCAGCCGCCACCCAUGAAGGCGUGUCUGUCCUGCCACCAACAGAUUCACCGCAACGCUCCCAUAUGUCCUCUCUGCAAAGCCAAAAGUCGAUCACGCAACCCAAAGAAGCCAAAACGCAAACUUGACGAGUGAUAUGUUUUAUUCGAGCUGUCUGUCUUUGUGUGUCUGUGUGUUGUCUGUAUGUGUAGUGUGUGUCUGGAGGAUGGGAGAGAUGGACAGGUUUCUUGUAAUAUGUAACUGUUCAACAUGCCACAAUGGCCUGUGUACAAGCCUUAGCUCCAUCCAAAGAUUGUCAUGCAAUUCUUCCAGACUACUGCUCUGUUUGUACACAAUAUUCACAGCAGUGCAGUGUUAUUCAAUAAAGGGCCUUGGUCCUCAAUGUUUCAGCUAUAUCUUGCAAGGAACUGUCCCUUGCUCUCCUUAACUGAAGGACAAAGAAAUAUUGUCUUGAUUUAAGUUUAGCGUAACUUAGUUAUCUGAAGACUCUUCUCAUCAGACGUAUCCAGAUUUAGCUGCUAUUAGCAAUGAUUAGUCAAUUAUGUCCUAUGAGGUCAGUAACUAGUGAAAAUGGUGAGAACAUAUGUCCUACCAGGGAUGCAACAAGGCACUUGCCAGCUAGCCAGAGUCUUUUGUGUAAUGUAAAAGGUAUCCUAAGGGCUAGUAGAAUUUCAAGCUGUUUAAGGAUGUUAUGUUAUCGCUGUUCUGGAUAGUAGAUGUUUCAAAUAAUUGUUGCAUCCCUGCCUACACUGUCUUGGAUGUAUGUGAACAUUAAAUAGACCGGAAAUUCUGUUGAUUCACUCCAUCACUCUGUUGCCGUCUUGUUAGGGACCUAUUGUAUUGUAAGAAAACGCUCAGCACAGGAAAUGUAGAAAAGAAAGGAUACCAUUUUUGGAUUUGAAAAUUUUCUGAUUACAGCAGGGAUUUUGGAUGCAUAAUGGAUGCCAAAUGUUUUCUGUCACUACCGAUGUUUUAAUAGAAUAGAUGUAAUAAAGAAUGACAGUAAAGCUUAAUUUGUGUCCCCCAAAUCCUAGAAGUGGCCCACCUUCCAGUAUUCAGCGGCAUAGUCACCAGAUUUGCACCUUCAAGUAUUUACUUCAUGGUAAGGUUGUGACGAUACACUUUGUUGUUGUACAAUAUGUGUAUCGAUGACAGUGUUUGAAAAUAAAGCAUGAAUGUCAAGGUAUGUCAUGGGUAUGUCGUACAAUCAUUUUGAUGCCAUGAAUCUGGUUUUCCAUACAAAUACAUGUCACAUUAUGUAUCAGAUGUACAUUUGCCAACAGUGUAUUGCCAUACACUGAUAUUUAAGUGAAUCUGUACUGCCAUACUGGAUCAGCUUGUUGAAUGCAGCUGUCAAGUCAGCUACGACCCUGGGGCCUGUUCCACAAAUUGGCCUUAGCACUAUGAUGAUCGUAACUCAUACAAUACAUUAACAUGGACUUGGUUUGUUUUGUGGAACAGGCGGAGAUGUGAAAUCUCCGCAGAAACGAGAAAAAACGCGUUUUUUAAAGCAGUAGUCCUCAGAAAAAAUCAUCUUCCGCGUAAAAAUAUAAUCAGAUUUAAAAAAACACGUCGAAAAAUAUGAUCGAAAACCGGACAACCGAUGCGGAUUGUCCUGUUUUCGAUCAGAGCUUUCAGCAGCAUAGGUUUUCGGACAACAUGCGUUUCCAGGGCCCUGGGUGUUCUUGAGUUGGCUUCGGCUCUGAUGUAGAGACGGCAAUGGUAGUUCUAUUGUUAUCUGAUGACCAGUAUUAUGGCAUGCAUAGUUAGCCAUAAUAUCCUGUUAUGAUAAUAAACUUAUCCCUUCAAGAUAAUAAGCUUAUACAAUUGUCGGUUGCUCGAGUCACAAGUACAACCAGCUGACAGAAGGGAAAUGCUUUGUGCUGAUGUUUGUAAUGAUGAUAACCAUAUUUAUUACCUACGAGGGCAAACAUAUCGGGGUUCCUAAAAAUCAUAUGUGCCCUAGGGUCAUAUCAUGUCACGAGACUACAGUGUAUUGUUUCUGUCAUCUGGACAGCAUUGUUGACGUCAUUCGAAUCUUAUUUUGAUGUGAGGUCGGAAUGAUGUCACACUAGAAACGACGUCAUAGCUGAAGGUUGUUGUCGUCAUUCCACAAAUUGUGGUUCUGCUGCUGUUGCGACUUGCUGUCCUUAAAUGUAAACACUAAAAUUUGUCUCUGUAUGUAGACAUCUUCUUCGGUAAUAAGUAGAACAUUAUGUUCGUCUUCAUGUCAUACUAUGUUUACAACACUCAUGCCUAAAUUUUGGUAUUUCCCGAGCGAGAGCGGAAUUUAGACACUCAUGGUGUAAACAUAGUAUGACAUGAACACUGGUAUAAUAUCCUCUAUGUCUUCACCGGAAGAAACAUGCAUACAGCUUUUAACUGCACGACCUGUUGAACACUUCACACAUGGUAACUUACCAGUAUUCAGAUAAAUGUUCCAAGAUAAAAAAAACUUAAAUAUGAGUUGUUCAAUUAUUUUUUCCUUCAGUUUCUCUCAUCAGGAUGUUUCAUAAACAAAUCUGUAAACCAACAUAUUGGAAAAAAGCGUUUCUUUUGCAAGAACCUGUGUUGUGUGAUGAAGUCUACAAUCAAUUACUGAGAGUGUUAGCUGCAAAUUGUUAGUUUCCGUGGAUAUAGGACAUUUUUCUCUCUUGCCUUUGUUGUUGAAACUUUAUUUUACAUGAGUUUUAUGUAUAUUUUGCAAUCUCAUUUACCAUGUAUAUUUUGAUAAAUCAUCUUUAUUUUAAUAAAACCUAAUAUUUCACAUGA